AGAUAAACAGAAAUAGACAGCUGGAACUACUUAGUAAUCAAGUAAACAUACAACAUUUAACCAAAUCAGAAGCAAAUAUGUCAAGUUAUAUAAUGAUGUUUUUAAGAACUAAAUUUAGUUGGAAUGGAACUAAAUUUCUUGUAGUUAAACAAUAUAAUUCAAGAAAUCAAGUUGCUCUACUUCAUAAAAGUUUUGUUCUAAAGGCCAAUCCGCAAACACAAGAAAAUGAGCAUGAAGAUACGUCAGAAUCCGAUUCUGAUACAAACAGUCAGGAGAAUGAAAAGCUAAUAAGUUUGAAGUUGCAAAUUCUGCAUGCAGGAUUGAAUUUUGUUAAGGAUCAUGGAUGGACAAAAAAAUCAGUUGCACUUGGAGCUCAGUCUGUAGGUCUGUCACCUUCUUCACACACAUUGAUAAGUUAUGGGGGAGCUGAUCUUGUUCAUUAUUUUAACUUUCUUUGCAAUGAAAAUUUAAACACACAUCUGAAAAAUCAUGUUUUAGAACUCAAUAAAAAGGAAAAUAUUCAAGAAUAUAUUGAAAGUGCUUUGAAAGAGAGAUUGAGUAUGGUUUACCCAUAUGUUUCACAAUGGAAUGAGGCUUUAAGCCUUAUGGUUUCCCCUACUCAGGCUCCAACUGAUAUAAAAAAUCUACUAGAACUUGUUGAUAUAAUUUGGAGCUAUUCUUCCUCCAAAAGUUUAAACACAACGUGGUAUACCAAACGAUUAUCUCUCGCUUUGGCGUAUAGACUAUGUGAAUUCAGUUUGAUUCAAGAUAAAUCACCAGAAUUUUCAAAUUCUAUGGAGUUUUUAAAAAACCGUGUUGAAACAAUUGUUUAUUCUGAGGAAAUUUUGGAACAGAUUGUUUCUUCAGGUCAGCAUCUUCCAAAAUAUGGUCUUGGAGCAUUAAUCACUGUGCAAAACAUUUUUGGUCUGAAUAGAUGGUUUCGAUAGCAGAUACUCAAAAUGAGCCUUGUUAUUAUUAUUCUUCCUAUCUAUCCAGUACCCAUUCUUAUUUUAUAAACCAGGAAGGCUAAUUUUCUGAAAUAUGUCAAAGAAAAAAGCCAUUUUCCUGAUGAAGAAAUAAAGUAUCAUAAGUUUUAUUUUUAAUUAACAGAUGAAUUUCAUGUUUUGAAAGUGGACUUCAUGUCUUAGUUCUAUAGAAGUGCAUUAUUUCGUAUAUUUAGAAUAUGUGUAAUAUUUUUCAUAUUCUGAAUAUGUUAAAAUAAUUCUCUAUAUGUAUAGUAACAAUAUAUCUAAACAAUAUUACAUCAACAUUGUUAUUGUUUAUAUGUAGGUUUAUCAUAUUUUACUUUUUUUUAAAAAAUGUUUUUUAAAUUUAGGAAUUUCUUUACAUUUUUCAGAAAUAAUUUCCUUGUUUUUAGGAAAGAAAUCACCUACUGUAGGAACACUGUCAUAUUAAAAACUUGAGCGCAAAACAAAUUUUAAGUUUAGAUAUUAAUUUGUUGGAAAAAAAACAAUUAACUACUGGUGUCCUUUAUAUAAGCUGCAUGUGACUAUUUCGCUAAGCCCUUUAAUUUGCACAUUAAUCAAAUUUGUAAUUAUAGUACAUUUCAUAAAAGUAAGAAGCAAGAAACCUUGCAAUUGUAAUUAUCUUUAAAUUUGUGAUUUUGUAUCGAUAAAUUAUGUAUGUAAAAUGGCAGCAGCAUUUGCUGUUGCUUUUAUUAAUUUUUUCUUGUGAAUCAUUGUUUCCUAAUAAAUUUUAGAACUUGUUAACAUUAUCAGAAAUGCUAAUAUAUUUUGACCAUCCUCUAUAAAAAUUGAAAAAAUGCAAGUUUAAAAUUUUUAAUGUUUAUCUAUUCUGAUUCAACAAAGAACUAAAUAAUAUUCAUGUUUUUUUUCAAACAUUAAAUUGUGUUAACUUCAGCAAAAAGUUCAUAAUUACGUCACAGCAAUUAGUAUAUUAUAUGUGACCAAAAAAUAAAUCAUGCUUAUGUCAUUUUUUUAAA